GUUUGGAUACUUGGAAGUGUCACAUGGAUUGAUUUUUCUGAUAUUUUAGUUUUUUCCCUCUUUUCUUAGUCGAACGGCGGCAAUCGUAUCGAUCAUGUGUCUCUACGCGGUCAUAGCUGUCCUCAUACCAUGCUGUUGUUGCGCUUUGGUUUCCGAAGACUUUGGCCACUCGCUACAGAGGAUGUUGGAUUUGAAAAAGUCGAAAAACUCCACUAAAUCAAGGAUACCAGGUUACAUGUAUAAACUGUACCAGGACACUGGUUCCCAGCAGUACGACAUCAUUAGGAGUAUUCCGCCGAGAACGGAAAUGUUGGGAGCUCAUGCUUUGUAUGUUUAUGAUUUGGAAGCACUUGAACGUACUGAAAUAGUCCAGAAAGCUGUACUGCAAAUCGAUCCUAGUCAAAAUAACCGGCACUUAAAUCCUAUGAACGUAUCGUUUUACUCAUUGACAAAACAAUCGACAUCAAAAACGUUUUUAGGUACUGCCAUCUUAGUCAAUAGUUUAGACUUGGCCGACACUUUAGGACCACGAAUUUUGGCUGGUAUAUCCCGCCUAGGUGUCCAAAUUAACGAUCCAGGGAAACCUUCGAUUGGUCUUGUGUUGUACUCAAAGAACUCGGCCGGUGGAUACGCUAAAGCUCAAGAACUUGCCAAGUUAUUAUUCGAGACUUCACUGAAGUCCACUAGGAGACGCAGAAGAUCAGUGGAAGACAAUGAAGUCGUAGCCAAUCCAGGUGAUUUGACCGAUGAAUUAAAACGGAAAAAAAAGAAGAAGAAAGGACUAAGAAAAAACAAUAGGCUACAGAUGGCCGACAUGGGCGAUUCAAUACAGUUCACCAAUGCGGAUCAGUGUCGAAUGGAAAAGUUAGUGUUGAACUUCGCCGACAUUGGCUGGGAGGACUGGGUGAUAUAUCCAAAGCAAUUCGAAACCAACUACUGUGCCGGAGGUUGUUUGUUUCCUUUGGACAAGAACUCGAGACCUAGCAACCACGCGACCGUCCAGAGUCUGGCUAGAUCAUUUGGUCGUCUCUGGGACAUUCCUGAACCGUCGUGUGUCCCUGAUUCCUUAGCCCCGCUCACCUUGCUCUACACCGACCGAUCUAAUCAUGUAAUGCUCAAGAGCUAUCCCGACAUGAAAGUGGUGACUUGCUCGUGUAAAUAAUUAUGAUACAGCACUUGCUCUUUUGGAUUGUAAAAAUAAUGUACAUGCAUCUUACAAAAAGUAAAAUUAGUAUUAAUAAUGUAUUGAAAGACGUGUUGUAUAUUAGGAUCAAUUGUUUGACGUUGAUCGCAGUAUUGGGAUUGAUCUG